AAGAAGAAGAAGAAGAAGAAGAAGAAAAGUCUUAGAAUUCUUAACUUUUUCUCACCAAACUUUCAGCACAGAUUUAGAAAGUUAUUAAGCUAAAAGUUUACAAAACAGCCUAGAAAAUUAACUCUUUAGAAUUUAUUUGGAAAAAUUAAGUUAGAGGAAGCAAAAUUAGCCGAACGUUUUGAAAGUUUGCAAAAUGCUAAAGGAAACAUUAGAUAAACUUCUAGGAGAGAACACGCCUUUUCACAUCGCUGCCUCUACUCUGACACCCCUAAAUAAACAGAAGCAGCUGGAAAAUCAGCAAAGCAACAGAAAAGUUCCUGGUUUCACAUGAGGCUCCUGAUCAGGUGUGCAGAGAAAGUCCGGCUGGCUGAGCUGCUGCUGAGUGGGCGGAUGGAGAGGAGGAGGAAGAUCCUUCACCCCAGGGACACCUCUGAGGAAGAGGAGGAGGCCACGUCUUCCUCAGCCUUCCUGUGAGAUGGUGUUGGAUCACACAUGUAUCAUUAGGCAUCAUUAAGCUCAAAUUAUACAGAGGAGCAGAAAGACAGAUGCUGCUGUUGGCACAUUAUUUUACUCUGCCACCCCCCACAGCCUGAGGAGGAAGAGGAGGAAGAGGGGGGGGGGGGGGGGGCGUCUAAUACAUGUGUGAUUAAAGGAAGAGCUUCAUUUCAUCGCUGUUGACAUUGCAGAUGAAUGUGAAGCUGAGCGACGAAAUAUUAGAAAUAUCAGAAUCUGGAGCAGCGAGGAGCAGACAGGAGGAGUGGAUCAGUCACAGGGAGUCCUCCUCUUCCUCCUCCUCUUCCUCCUCCUCCUCCUGCUCGCUGCUCGUCUCUCCACCUGUUAGUGCAGACCCUCCGUCUUGCUGGUGCAGGAAUCUCCUCCACUCCCACAAUCAAAGUUCCUGCAGCUCCUGGAGAUCUGCGGCGCUUCAGAUCCGUUCCUGAAACUCUGGAGGAGAAACUUCUGGAUCCUCAGCAGAUUUACAGCAGGACGGCUGUGGUGCGUUCAGGAACAUCUGGGCUGAACGUCUGACCUGGAUCAGCUUUUUCCCUCCAUGAUGUCAAUCAGCUGCAUUUCUGCUGCUGCUCCCAUACAUCGGGGCUCCUCCUCCGCAGUGGAUCAGCUUCCAGCAGCCGUGUUGCUGCGCAGCGGCUGGUUGGACUGAAUGUGGGAGGAUCUGAAUCCCAAACAGACGCAGGCAGGAAAUUUUCAGUAAAUCCUCUUUUCUCCAGCAGCAGCGAGUCGAAUCGGUCUGUGGGCAGAUGGCCUCGCUGCGGCAGAAACAUCUACCUUCACAGCGAAGCUUUGCUCCCUCAGCCUCACUGAGCAGAAAGAGGCUGAAUGUGAAGCUUUCAGUCUGAAUUAGGUCGUUAUUCAUCGUCUGUCCACAGCAUCGAUGAAUCUAUUGAUCUACUGCUGGUCGGGUGGUUGGGCCCUGAACGCAUCGCGGCCGGUUGAGGAAGAACAGACUCAGAACCAGCAGCUACCAGAACGUCUUCUACACGACUCCAUGACGGUGCAGAGAGGAAAGAAGCUCAGCGUGUCCAUCCAGGAACACAUGGCCAUAGACGUCUGUCCUGGUCCCAUCAGGCCCAUCCGGCAGAUCUCUGCCUACUUCCCCCGCCUGUCCCCCACCUCCCCCACCCCUCCGUCCCCGGUGGCCCUCAGCCCCCCCGCUGCGGCGGCGCCGGAGGGCGGGGCCAACCUGCUGUCGCCGCUGCGGGCCCAGUGGGGGCGAGGCGGGUCGUCGUCCCAGAACAGCAGCGUGGAAACGUCGGUGGACAUCAACAGCGAGGACAGCGACGACAGCACCGCUCUGGGAACGCUGGAGUUCGAGCUGCGCUACGACGCGAGCUGCAGCGAGCUGCACUGCACCGUGCUGCGGGCCAAGGGUCUGAAGCCCAUGGACUUCAACGGUUUAGCUGAUCCCUACGUCAAGCUUCACCUGCUGCCUGGAGCCAGCAAGGCCAACAAGCUGAAGACGAAGACGAUCAGAAACAGCCUGAAUCCCUCCUGGAAUGAGACGCUGACCUACUGUGGGAUCACAGAGGAGGAUAUGCACAGGAAGACGCUCAGGUGGAGAAUUCAAACGGAGCUCGUUUUAUUCACUGGUCUCACUGGUCUGCAGUGGGAGAACCAGCAGCUGCACAGCCUGGAGGAACGCGGCCGCCUGCUGCUGUCGCUGCACUUCCUGCCUGAUGGAGGCGAAGGCCGGCUCAGCGGCGCCCUCUGUGUCGGCGUGAGGCGCUGCGCUCACCUGGCCGCCAUGGACGUCAACGGCUUCUCUGACCCCUACGUCAAAAUAUACCUGAAGCCCGACAUCCAGAAGAAAUCCAAACACAAAACCGCCGUGAUGAAGAGGACCCUGAACCCGGAGUUCAACCAGGAGUUUUCCUACGACGUCUCACUGUCGGAGCUGGCCAAGAAGACUCUGGAGGUGACGGUGUGGGACCAUGACCUGGGACGGUCCAAUGACUUCAUUGGCGGCGUGUUCCUGAGCUGCCGCUCUCAGGGCGACGCCCUUCGCCACUGGAUGGACUGCCUGAAGAACAAAGGUCAGCGGGUGGAGCGCUGGCACAUCCUGACCAAUGAGCUGCCGCAGAGCUCCAGCCACGACUAACGCCGUGACGCUGCCUGCGGUCGCCGCCUGCGGUUGCCGUGACGCCGCAUGCAGUCGCCGCCUGCGGUCACCGCCUGCUGUCGCCGCCUGCUGUCGCCGCCUGCAGUCGCC